AAUAAAAUAAUUGUGAGCUUCCCUUCGUUCUUCCGGUUAUGUAUGUUGUUGAAAAGAAAAGACGAAUGCCUGGGGAAAACAAAACACUACGAAUACGGAUAGUGAAAGAUGAGUUCUCAGCCAUUUUCUACAGCUGGAAUGCCUGCUCAGAGUAAUCCUGGUGGAAAGCCGGUCUCCAUCAAUCAGUCAUCCAAACAGCCAGCAGGACCAGGUGAGGACAGUAGUGGUGAUGUGGACCACCAUGGUCCAAAGGACCAUCCAGCCAGCAGCAGGGGAGGAGAAGAAGCCCUGUUGUUCAGAGAAGACAAGCAGGAGACUGGAGUGGUCAGACCCUACCCCCAGGUCCCGGUUCAGACCCACAGCCUGCAGUCCCUGGUCCCAGCUCUGUCCCAGCAGGUGCCCAACAAGGCAGGUACACCUGGUCAACCUGUCACCGUCUUCAACCCUCCUGUCCAACUACUGCAGGCCCAGCCUGCUGCCCUCGUCGACGGGCAAAUUAAGGCUGCCCUGAAAUCGCUGCUACCCAGUCGUCUCAUCGCCCCAGCUCCAGCCUCCAGCCAGGGCCAGGGGGGUCACAUCCCUCUCCCUCUGCCUCCCAAGGUGCAGCCUGCCCUGCUUGGCCACAUCACUGUCACCCUGGAGAGCCACAUCGCUCCCACCUCCUCCAUCCCAGUGGCAACCAUCAGUGGACAACAGGGCCACUCCAGUAAUCGGCAUCACCUCGUGCCAGCUAAUAUCCAGAUAAUUAGGUCUCCUUCUGUUCCUCAACACACAUUCACCUCUCACCUACCAAGAGGGGCGGUGGCUGCAGCAGUGAUGUCCAGCUGUAAAGGGCCUGCUGUUCUCAGACCAGCAUCAGGGGCCAGUGCAGGCCCCAUUCAGCACACUGUACAUCACGUCAACCACCAGUCUAUCCAGUCCCGUUCCCCUGUCACCAGCUCUACAGCAGUGGUCCCCAUAUCAGCCACCCGGAACCAGUCCCCUGUCAUCAACCCAACGUUCACCCAGUCUGCAGAGGUGCUGCAUGGACAUCCAGGGCUGACCAUCCACCCUCCUCCUGCCACCAUCAGUAUCCAACGUCCCCAGGGGACCAGGGACACAGCCACUCGCAUCACCCUGCCCUCCCACCCUGCUAUAGGGGGGCAGAAACCCCAGCCCCCCCACACCAUGACACAGAAAUCCAUCUUCUGUUCUGGGACUCCGGUUGCUGCUGCAACGGUGGCACCUAUUCUAACCACCACCACCACUACUGGCCCAGGCACCACCACUACAGGCACUGCGCCACACACCCAGAUGACCAGCAGUACUAUCGUCACCAUGACGAUGCCCACACACUCCUCCCACACCACAGCACUGACCACCUCUACCAUCCCAGUUGCUAAAGUGGUACCUCAGCCCAUAGCCCACACCUCCCCCCGUGUCCAGUCAGACUACCUUGGAGAGAGGACCAACCUGAUCCAGCCUAUAGCCCACACCUCCCCCCAUGUCCAAUCAGACUACCAGCCCAUAGCUCACACCUCCCCCCGUGUCCAAUCAGACUAUCCUGUAGAGAGGACCAACUUGAUCUCCAUCUCUGGCAACCGCUCCUCUCCUAACCCUGUCACCAUCGAGGCCAGGAGUGACAGGCCGCCUGUACCAGUGCACUUCCAGUACUUCCUGCCUACUUUUUCCUCUUCACCUUACCCCCGGACACACACCUACACCCCCAUCACCAGCUCCGUGUCCACCAUCAGACAGUACCCAGUGACGCCCCAGACCCCGAGCUCUGCUCUGCCCAGCCAGCCUGCUGUGGCCGUGGCCACUACUGUUCACCUCAACCCCAUGCAGCUGAUGGCCGUGGACAGGAUUGGUCUACAGUCUGCACAAAUCAGCACCCAGGGAAUCCAGCCUCAACCAAUUGGAGCCCAGGGCAUCCAGCCUGCACCAAUGGGAGUGCAGGGGUUACAUAGCUCCGGUCCAAUCGGCACACAGGGGAUUCAGCAGGCAACAAUCGCAGGGCAGCAGCCUGAGGCCAAACCAUCUGGGAUGGUAUUGGCUGACGGCAGUACGUUUGUAGCUGCUCCUAUGGGCAGCCCGUUUGGCGCCGCACAGCCCGUUGCUACCAUGGUACAGACACACCCCCAGGGCGGAGUAGGAGGCGGAGGGCCCACUUUGGUCUCUUCCCCUCGACCCAGCAUCCUCCGCAAGAAGCCAGCCAAUGAGGGGUGAGUCAAUCAGUCGAUCAAUCAAUCUGGGCCUGGUGAGGCUAACAGCAGCAGAGUGGAGGGAGGAGUGAGAGGAGCAGGACCACCUAGACCUGCAGGAGUGAAGCCUAAAGCAGAGGGUCACAUGACCAUGUUGGCUCCUCCAGUCCUAGUCAUGGCUGCAGUGGAGUCUCUACCCUCCCAGGGAGGAGUGGAGCAGCAGGCGGUCUCCUCCCCAGCCCAGGCUAUCCCCUCCAACCUGCUGGCCCCCCGUGGUCCUCCACCCCCCUCCCAGCCCAGCUCCAAUACCCACCUCUCUGCCCUGUCGGCCGCCAUGGCCGUGACACCCCCUGGCCCCGCCUCCAUGGCCAAUACUGUCGCCUCCCCCACCCAGCCCGCAGCCAGUAGCACGGCAGCAUGCAGCGGAGGUUCCGCCCACACAGAGGUCAAAAUCAAGCAGGAGGUGGAGUCUAUGGAGAUGUAUCAACCAGUGCCCCAGCCCUCGGCGAACUCAGGCCUCAUCACCCAGCCCCGCCAGGCCGGGUCCCCCCACGGGACCCCCUCCUCAGGGGACCUGGUUCCUGGUGCCUCCCCCAGGAAGAAGCCCCGCAAACAGCAGCACGUCAUUUCCACAGAAGAGACUGAAAUGGUGGAGACCAACAGUACAGAUGAGGACAGGGCUAUGGGCCACAGGCCCCUGGGCAGCAGGGCUAAGAGGAGAGAGUCCCCUCCCAGAGAGUAUGUGGAUGAGGAAGGGGUUCGUUACGUCCCUGUCAGGCCGCGCCCACCUGUCACUCUGCUGCGUCACUAUAGGAACCCCUGGAAGGCAGCCUAUCACCACUUCCAGAGGUACAGCGACAUCCGGAUCAAAGAGGAGAAGGAGUCGUUACAGGAAGUGGCCAAUCAGAGAGGAGUAGCACGGCGAGCUCAGGGAUGGAAAAUGCACUUGUGUGUUGCUCAGCUCAUGCAGCUGUCAAACCUGGAGCAUGAUGUGUAUAGCAGACUGACUUCCCUUCAGGAGGGGCUAAUCCCUAAGAAGAGGGCCGGGGUCGACGACGAGCUGCACCGCAUUAACGAACUCAUACAGGGUAACAUGCAGCGUUGUAAGCUAGUGAUGGACCAGGUUACAGAGGCCCGGGACACUAUGAUGAAGGUUCUGGACCACAAAGACAAGGUCCUGAAGCUGCUCAACCAGAACGGAGCUGUCAAAAAGUCUAACAAACUGAAACGUAAGGAUCGGACCUAGCCUGGACUUCCUGUUCCGUCACCAACGUCAUGGAUCUGUUCGUUACAGCAUGCGAUGCGUUUUAAAACGGUUUUGCAACGGAAGAAGAAAAUGUAAACGUUUCUCAGUGGAUAAGUCAAGGGGGUAGUCCCUCCCUGUUUUGUGUUUGUUUUUUUGCUGCUUACGUGCCUAAUGAACACGACCCACCUCUGCCCUGCCCAAACGGGAGGACAGGGUGGAAGAGCUGCUGGGAGCUAGAGGUGGAACUGUUGGUACUAUGACAGCUACUCACCCACACCCUCUUAUCUCUGUCUGAGUACUGAAGCUGGGUGGACAACAUAACUAGAACCCUCCUGUUGCUUCAGUCAGAGCUCACUGUCUGGAGGGAAUCCCUCUAGGAAUAUGUUCUCACUGAAGAAGACUCAACACUCUGUCUUCCAAAUGGCACCCUAUUCCCUUUAUAGUGCACUACUAUUGACUAGAGCCCUAUGGAACCCUAUACCCUACGUAGUGCACUACUUUAGACCAGAGCCCUAUGGAACCCUAUUCCCUAUA